CUUUCUGCCGUGUAUCCUCGACUUCUAUCAAACCAGGCCCAGUGGCGAGUGGGCACCAGCAACCAGCUCCGCAGCAGAUAACAUCCAUACCCGGGCAGCAGACCCAGCGACAUCAGCGGCAGUCGGACUUGAUAAGUUUGACAAACAGCUAAACAAACACCCGUUGGUAACCAAACAUCUACUCUUUUCAACACGUUUAUAUUUUACUACCUUGCAUCCCAUAUUAAAAGUGCAUUAUGCCGCCACGCACAGUGGCUCCACGACCUUCACCCGCCAGGAGCACACGCAGUGCACGAAGCUUGACCCGCGAGCAGGCAAGGGAGGAAGAUGACUGGGAGGCCGAGAGUAUGACCAGUGGAUCCUUCAAAGUACCUCGCUCUCGGUCCAAAAAAGGAGGCAAUGCCAUAGGGCUCAAAGAUACUAGUGUCAACAUUGCUGCUGCUUUUCACGCAGCGCAGACAGGGCAUCUUCCACCACCCUCCCAUCCCAACAAUUCUGUAUCAUCCAACUCUAGCUCUUCUCGCUCACUUCAGGUCCCCCGUGCCAUUUCUCCUGCCGAACAACUUGCCCAGUCUGCCCGCGCUCUCUCUCCAGUCCGAUUCUUCUUGCGUCCAACGGAGGAGGAUGGGGAUGACUAUACCAGUUUCUCGAGCGUCGGUAUCGAGAAUGCGGGUGAACUUAAUACUUCCGGUGAGGGGGAGAGCUACGACUAUCGACAAGAGGAGGAAUAUGUCCGACAAGCUCAGCAACAAAAGAUGGCCAAAGCCAAAGCCAGAGCAGAGGCGUCAGCGAGCUUGAAGAAUCGUCGUGUCAAGGCAUUGGACGAAGACAUGCCUUACCGCCCUGCAGAAGAGGACACCGUCUCAUUAGCUUCCAGUGAUUCGGGUGGUGGAGAAGAGGGGGUCGUCAGGAAUGGCGCUCUGCAAGGCAGAGCAGGGACAAGAGGGAAAAGACUGGAGCGGGGAGAGGGUUAUCUCGGUAUGGGAUUGGGUAUUCAACCUAGGAGACGGAGAAAAAGUAGAAAGAACGGAAUGGAUGGAGACGAGAGCGAGGAGGAAGGGACUCCGGGUACAGGCAGAGCAUGGACUCCGGCAGUCGAGGUCGAUGGUCAUAAAAGGUCGCCUACCCCACUGCAGCUGUUGAGAGGGCGAAGUCCAAUGAUGGAUCGCAAAUCGCCUGUGCCGCUGGGGGCGUAUCAGCAGCGCAGGCGACCUUCAGAUAUCCGCACCAUCGUUACCAACGUUCUGCAUGGUGUGGUUAUUGGUCUUCAGUUUGUCGUCGAGCUCGGUACUACCGUUCUCUACCGCAUUAUUGUCCGCCCACUCGAGAAAGCGUUUGGAUCUAGCAAAGGUUUUGUUCGACGGGCCAAGGCAGACUGGUGGAAAUGGCUCGGAAUACUCUUGGGUAUAUCGCUCGCCCUCCGGUUCCUCGACAAUGCAUUCCGCACAAAGGGCAUCUAUACAGCCCCCGAUGCCCCUCCGUCUACAAUAGAUGAAAUGUCCAUCCGACUCACUUCUCUGGAACAUGCUACAGCCACCCUUUCCGACCUAUUGCGAGCGAUAAGCGAAGGAGAUAACGAGCUGCAUCAGUCAGCUAUCGCCAUGAGGAGUAAAAUCGAUGAAAUGGAGGACGCGGUUUCUGCAGAAAGAAAAAGGGUAGAAGGCGUCCGGGGCGAAUUGAAAAACGAAAAAGUGAUAAUGCAAUCCGAGAUCGACAAACUUCGAAGCGAAAUCCAUAUCCUAUCUAGUCAAAUAGGCAAGCAGGAAAACUCUAUAUCUUCAGACAGGUCGGCCAAAUCACUCCAGGCCGUCGAGCGUGAAAUUACGCAGCUCAAGUCGAGAAUGGGACAAGUCGAACAAAACGUGCAUGCCGCACUUGAAGAUGGUAGGCUAGUUGCCGCUGUCGAGCGAAUUUUGCCCCAAUGGAUGCCGAUCCGAACCGAUUCUCAAGGGGACUUUGUGGUGGAGCCAGCCUUCUGGACUGAAAUGAAAAAGGUUAUGGUGGGCAAGGGUGAGGUAGAGCAGAUUGUUAGACGACUGAUCGGCGAGGCAGGGGUUUCGGACAAUAAAAUCAAAGAAUCGCCGGUGGAUGAGCAUAAGGUGGUGGAAUGGAUGGAGAAUGCCUUUGACCGGCAUGUGCAAGGAGGUGUAUGGGUUACUCGAGAAGAGUUCACCAGCACGCUCAAGGAAAAACUACAAGAGCUUGCUCGUGAAACGGCCGAAAAACCGAUUUCCAAACGGCCUGCCGCACCAAGCAUGGUCACCAUCAAAUCUUCUAAAGGCGAGGACCUCACGUCCCUUUUCAAUUCUCUCAUCGACACUGCUCUUCUCAGAUACUCCAAGGAUACCAUUGCCCGUGCAGAUUAUGCUCUAUUUACUGCUGGCGCCCGAGUAAUUCCACAUCUUACAUCCGAUACUUUCACCCUCCAAAAGGCAUCCGCUUUUGGCAAACUCCUUUGGGCGAGCAAAGACGUCCAAGGACGGCCGCCUGCGACAGCUCUUCACCCUGAUACUUCAGUUGGUAGCUGUUGGCCAAUCAAGGGGUCUGAAGGAAGUCUGGGAGUCAUGCUGGUGGACAGAGUCGUAGUUUCUGAUGUGACGAUCGAGCACGCACCGCGAGAGUUGGCAUUGGAUAUUGCCACGGCGCCCAAGGUUGUCAAGGUCCUGGGCUUGGUAGACUAUGCGGAGGGAUUGGAAAAGCUUGCAGAAUAUCGUGCAACUCACCAGGCGGAUCUGAAUAACGAGGAGGACACCAACUAUCUUCCUCUUGGCACGUUCACAUACGACCCCUCCAGCUAUUCUCAUAUCCAGACAUUCCCCGUCUCUUCCGACAUUGUUGACUUGGGUAUUCGGAUUGGGGUGGUAGUAUUCAAAAUAGAAAGCAACUGGGGCGGAGAUUUGACGUGUUUGUAUAGGGUUCGCGUGCAUGGGAAUGCUUGAGGGGGUUCACAAUGUGUAGUGUAUUAUUGUGGAUCUUGUGCAAUGACUGGAUCUUUUGGUGACAAUUCAUACCCACACUGCUAUAAUUGUGAUUAUCCGGAUUUGAUACCAUGAAGUAUUAAUUGCAUACAUGCGCGAAUCGCUCGACAGUCGUUCGUUAUGAUCGUCUUACUUGCCCUUUAUACGAGGUCAGAUAUUGUCUUUGUGACUUUCUACUAGAUACCAAGAAGUAGUACACAAGAAAUAAUGCCCAUGAUAAACUUCGUGACACUAUAUAUUGUGUAUAUUCCUUGUUGCUUCUUGUGUGAUGGUGUUACCCACC